AUGAGCCCGAAGAAGUUUUAUGAUAUUGUUGAAUCUUUAAACAAAGAACAGAAAAAAGCUGUUAGAGAAAUGGGAUUGGGAUCUUUGCUGAGAAUUGCAACCAAUGGAAUUUCUGGGAAAUUGGCACGUUUUGUUGUGAAUUCAUUCAAUCCAUCAGAUAUGAAAAUCCAUCUACCUAAUGUGAAUAUAGACAUAACACCAGAACUUGUUCAUGAUUUUCUUGGAAUUCCUCUAGAUGGAAAAGAUAUAUAUAACACUGAUCAAUGUGAAGGAAAAGAAUUAAUGGAUUGGAAGCAACAGUACAAUUUCAAGGCUAUGAGACCAUCAGAUGUUGAAGAGAGAAUUAAAGAAUCAUCAGAUUCAGGGAUUAUUUUCAGAACAAACUUUUUAUUAUUGUUUGUUAAUACCAUCUGUGAACAGAAUAAGCCUGGAACUUGUAAGACAACAGUAUUGCCACAUUUGCUAGGCAAAACACCUAUGAGAGAAAUUGACUGGUGUGGUUUUAUAACCAAUUGCUUGAAAAUGUCAAAGAUAACGUGGGAUGAAACCGAUAGAGGAAAUUACUAUUGUGGGCCACUUCUUGUAUUAUUGUUAGCUUAUUUGGAGUUUAUGAGGAAUGAUAAGAAUGAAAAAAGACAAAUACAUGCACUACAUAUUUGGGAUUAUGAAAUGAUGGUGAAAAUGGAAAAAGCUGAGUUAAAGAGUGGUGACUUUGGAACUUUGGAAUGGAAUGAUGAUGUUAUAGAGAAUGAUGAAGAAUCUGACACCGAUGAAAAUGAAGAUAUGAAACUCGAUGAAUUGGUAUUCAAAGCGAAAAAGAAUUAUAAAAAACUAGUGAAUGAUAAACUGAAGUUUGGAAAGUUAAUUGAGUUUUCAACAACAAAAUUCACAGAGAGCGAUGAGUUGAAAGAUAUGAAGAAAGUCUUUGAACAAGAAUUCAUUUAUAAAACUCAUAAUGAAGAUGAAGAAAAAAGCGAUGAGAAUUUGAAUGAACAUGAAAUAAAGAAUCAACCAAUCAUGGAAGGAGAUGAAAGCAGUGAAGAUGAACACAUGAAGAAAGAAAUAAAAAAUGAAAAACUUGAUGAAGGAGAAAGUUAUGAUUCAGAAGAAACAGAAUGUGACAAUAAUAUCUUGAGAAUUGAAGAUGAUGAAGACAAAAAAGAGAAGUAG